AUGGCUCCUCAACACUAUGAGACUCAGUCAGGCAACAAGACCUUCGCCAGAGUGACCGGGGCCGGCGUGGCUGGGAUGGCCGAGCUUUGCAUCUUUUAUCCGGUGGACACUCUGGCUAAGCGGCUGAUGAAUUCGAGUGUGGCUCUGAACAUGACCAACUGGCAAACGGUUGUUUUCCAACGAGAAUCCGGCACGGCUGCGAUCGGCGGCGUUCGAGGCUUCGUCGGCAAAUGGGCUGCACUGUUCCCCGGUUUCGGUUACGGCGCCCUGUACAAGAUCUCUCAACGAGUUUACAAGUUUGGUGGCCAACCUGUGGUGAAAGAAGGCCUGGACAAGUACGUUUUCCCAUCCGACAGGAGCCCAACUCAGCAGUUUUGGUGCAACGGCCUCAGUGGGUCUCUGAUAGGAGCUGGCGAAGUUGUCCUUCUCCCUCUAGACGUAUUGAAGAUCAAGUACCAGACUAACCCUGAGUAUCGCAAGCUCAACUUCGCCCAAGUUUGCCAACGUGAAGGUCUCUCGUCGCUUUAUGCCGGCGCAGGGGUGACCGCAGCAAGGAACAUAGCUGGCUCGUUCAUGCUUUUUGGUGUUAAUUACGCGGUUAAGCACAGCCUUACUGAUGCUCGUAAUGGCAAACCUGGCUUCGUUCACUUUGCGUUAUCGAGUACUGCUGGCUCUGUAGCCAGCAUCCUAGUCGCUUGCCCUCUGGACGUGGUCAAAACCAGACUUCAGUCGGGCAACUACGCGGGUUGCUCAGCAUUCCGCAUCAUCGCUGAUAUUACCGCUAAGGAAGGCGUUGGCGCUUUCUUCAAAGGAAGCAUACCGAAGGUGCUAUCGGUUGGUCCAAAGCUCACGUUCUCAUUUACUUUGGCUCAGUAUUUGAUUGACUAUAUGCAGAGACUAGCUUAG